AGGUUGGUAACAUUAUAUUUUAUUAUUAGAUACGCAAUUAGAAUGACUGUAACGCAUUAUUGUUUAUUGAUUAUUGUUUAAGGAUUACGAAUCGAGAAGUGAAUACAAGAAUGUUUACUUUUUCUGUUACAUAUAUUAAUUCCAAACUAAUAAAGUACUAUUUUUGUUUUUAUUGUGAAACGAACUGAUAUGAUCUAUAUCACAAAGUCCACGUGCAUCCAACAUAACAAGAAAGAGGGAGACCAUAAGUUGGAGGGGACGACAAAACGUUUGGCGGUGGCGUUAGCGUAUAGACAGGAACUUAUCACGGUAGAUAACACUUUUCAAAGGUUGAAGGUUCGAAAGAUAUCUAAUUUAAAACGUAAAAUUCACGAGCGUUUCGCGUUUGCGCGAGCUACAUUUUUGGAACAAUCAACCCAAUUCGAAAUAGCCGAUCGAGUUCAAUGGCGACGACCGCGAACGAGGCGCGCAAACGAACCGGUCAACUAAAACACGAGAAAGAAACAACAGAAAAUGAGGAGGAAAAAUUUCUAGUCAGUUAUCAGAAACAAUAUUACAACAUACGCAAUUUCUUGCGAUAUCAUCCUGGUGGAAAGAAAGUAUUCGAUUACUUUAAAAAUCAAAGCUUGGAUAAUGCUUUUAACAACAACCCCCACUCGAAAGGAGCGUUUCAUUUGUUCGAAGAUUUUAAAUUGAACAACGAUGAUAAGUAUCGGGAAUACGAAAAUUUCAUCGACUGGAACUCGCCUAUACUCUGUCAAGUAGGUACGUUGGGUGAUCGAUACUGGGAAUGGGUAAAUUUGCCAGUAAACCAACAAAUUCGACUAUUUAAAUCAGACUACUUGGAAAUUUUAUCGAUCACCCCUUGGUAUUUAAUACCGAUCGUAUGGAUCCCUAUCUGUAUCUUCUUGCUCUAUCUAGGAUGGACGGGCAUUGCCGAUAGUCACUCUGGAAACAUACUGCUCGAAGCUUUAAUUUCGUACGUAUUCGGUAUAUUGCUGUGGAGCGCCUUAGAAUAUGUGCUUCAUCGUAAGCUCUUUCACUUUAAACCGCCCGCUACCUCGAAAGUACUUAUUUCAUUGCAUUUUAUACUUCAUGGUAUUCAUCACAAGGCCCCAUUUGAUGAUAGAAGAUUGGUAUUUCCUCCCGUGCUUGGUUUAUUAAUAACAAAACUGAUAUUAUACCUUUAUCAUACAGUAUUUCCACCACAGAUGGUUUAUUUUAUUUCCGCUGGCACGGCAACAGGCUACUUGUGUUACGAUUUAAUUCAUUAUUAUUUACAUCACGGUGCGCCGAAAGUUGGAUCGUAUUUUUACCUCUUAAAAAGGAAUCAUAACUAUCAUCACUUCUUACAUCACGAGCUAGGUAAUAUCCUCUCGAUUUUCGAAAUGCUUGACAAAUUUAUUUUUAUAUGUAACUUUUCUCCAGGUUUCGGCAUCAGCAGUAAAUUAUGGGACUACGCAUUUGGAACAACCAUUUGUUUGCGAAAACUCAAAAAACCGAUUGAAUGGUGAAUUAAUAUAUAGAAAUAACUUCUAUACGCUUUAUAAGGAAUUCCUCGGAAUUACGAAACAAGACACAAACAGCCGAUUGCAACUUAUAAUUGAUUUUUCGACAAAUAUUUUUAAGUACAAAAAGGAACAAAACUGCUUAAGGUACAAAAAGAAAUAAGACCAGAUCUAAAAUGAUUAAAUUAUGUACUGCAUUAUGCAGUAUUACUAGUACUUAAGCAAAUAGAUAUUUUAAGUACAUAACGUGUACAAGAUAUACUUAUUUUUGAUAAAAGUAAUUUGAGCAUAUUUAUAAGAAGUCAGUGGUAAUUGGUAAUACUAGUGAACAAGUUAAAUGAAUAAGAUUAAGACCCCUCUACUUUAACAGUUUUUCUACCCAUACUUAGCUGGGGGAAAGUACUCUUAUUGGUAGGAGGAUUUAAUCUAGAAGAUAGAUGAACAAAUGUCUCGAACAAGCUAGCUCUGUCCAUAACAUUUACUUCGUAAUGUUUUAGUUUCUCUCUUGUACACCAAUUUGCAGCCUUACUUGCAGUGUUCUCCAGACUAUGAGAUUCUUCUUCAGCUUUAGUUCGGUUUCCAACAACAAUCACAGUUAUUUCUUUCUUAUCUUUAUUUUUGUCAAUAUCUUUCUUCAGUGGAAAUAGUACAUCUAAGGAUUCUGGCUUUGCAGUGUCAUAAACUAAAAUGUAACCAUCAGCAAAACCAAGAUAAUGUCGUGGAAGCUGCUGAUUAUUUGCAUUACUCUGAAGAGAUUCUAGUCCUGCUGUGUCGUAAAAUCGCACUUUUUCUUUGGUACCGCGAUCAGUUUCUAUAUUAGCAACAUAAAUAUCUUCGAUCGUUGGAUGAAUUUCCUGUUACAUUCCAAAAUGUCAAUUGUACCAAAACAUAUAUGUAUUAUACAGAUUCAAUAUGUAUUUAUGAAAUAAAUUUGUGUUUAUUUUGCA